AUGUCUGACAACGCAAGGCUUAUUGAUGAAUGUGAAAAUCUAUUAGAAAAAAAUGAACUUCGGGAAGUUUAUGAUAAAUUAAAUGUCAUAAAAGAUAUGGACGUGGAAUUGAUGAGUAUUUUUGCGAGAACUGUUCGAUUUAUGGUCAACUCUAAUUGCGCAAAAAACAAAAAAGAAAAGGAGCUUUGGAUUGAACGUGGUGUUGAAGUGCUGAAAGAAGGUGUUGAAAAGUAUCCAAACGAUUGCUUAAGCAACACUUGGUACGGAAUUAUGUUGAAUGUAAAGUCCAAAGAAGCAGGUGUUAAUGAAAGAAUUAAGUUGGGAUAUGAAAUCCGUGAUUACUUCGAGAAAGGUCUUAAAGCUAAUCCUCAAUCCUACAUAGCAAAUCACUGCAUGGGUUCCUGGUGCUAUGAAGUUUCUUCAUUGAGUAAAAUUGCCCGGGCCUUCGCUUCAACCUUUUUCAGCAGUCCUCCAUCUUCCAGUUUUGAGGAGGCUUUGGAAUACUUCAAAGCUGCCCAAAGCGCCGAUUCUAGCAACAUGCUUAAUAUGUGCCGUCUUGCUCAGUGUUAUGAUAAACUGGGCAAAAUUUCAGAAGCUAAAGAAUGGGCUCUCAAGGCCAUCUCACUCCCAGCAAGGGAUUUUGAAAUGGAAGAAGCUCUUAAUGAAUGCAAACAUAUUGCAGCUAAAAAAGGUUGA